GCUGCUGUCAACGUUUGUAGCGGCGUAAAGCUCCGAGCUGUCACAACAAGCGUCGGUCUGUCUCGCUUCCUCACAGCUCACGGCGAUGCAACCCACGUCUAGACUUUACUUCGUGGGGAAAUAUAUAAAUUAAGUCACUGGAAGGUGAAUUUGUUCCGAGUUGAAAAGAGCGGAGAUGUUUGUUUAAACGGAGCUUGAUGUGGUCGUAAAGACUGAGUGGAGGAUUUGCUAUCAUUCCCUGACAGAAUUUGACAGUUAACCGCCCGGCUGGCUGUUGGUUGAUGCGCUGUUUUGUUUUCUUCAGCUUCGACAGACCUCUCAACGUAUAAAGAGUCAUGUCUCGUAGGAGUUCUCGCCUGGUGUCCGGUGGCUACUAUAACUCAGAUGAAGAAUCUGACUCCAGUACUGUGACAACCAUAUCCUACCGUGAAAACCCUGUCAAGGUUUUCAAGAAGAAGGCGGGAACCCGUAAGGCCGGCUCCCGUACCUCCAGUAGAGCCAAUAGCAAUGCUAGUUCACCCAGCAACGAGUCGCCUGUCACACCAGGUCCGGGUCCUUCUCCCUUGACCAUCCAGUUGCAGCCGACCAUGAGGACCGUACCCUACGUCGCUACCACGGCCACCCCUCGGCCCGCCCUGACCCCAUCAUCCCCAUUAUCCCCAUCGUCCCCAUCGUGCCCGUCAUCAACCCGGGGUCAGACGCCCACUCGCUGCCCGUCGGUACCUCCAGAGAAAAACUCCUGUCCCGGGCUCUGCAGCUCCAGCAGGCUAGGAGGGUUACAUCUCCGACCCAACCACAAGGAGCUGAAUCAGAGCAGCAUAGACAGCUCGGGGUACUCGUCCUCUGAGGGCACUUACAGGAAGCCCGCAGCCCCCAUCAGCACUCCCAGUAAAAUCAGCAGUAACGGUGUGGCUCCCAAUAAUGGAUACAAAAGCAGAAUCAGCAGUGCCUUCUUUAAUUUGAUGGGAUCAAUCUCAUUGAUGGCCGCUGCAGCACAGUCAAAAAUAAUGCGUCUGGCAGCUUUAGCUAAUAAUGCGUCAUUCAGGAGGCUCGUGAAGAGGGCUUGUGGCCUUUUUCUCCUCCUCCUCCUCAUACUUCUCUGUAUUUGGUUCCUCCUUCCAUUGUUGAACUCUUUCAUCUCUCGCAUGACUGUCGCAAAGAGCGCGUCACAGACAAAACCAAAGAGUCAACCUGCUACCCCUGUCACCGCUCCUCCUCCUCGAUCCGACACUGUGCCUCCUAAACCUUUGGUGGAUUCAGCCUUUGUGUUUGCUGCUGUCGAAGCGAAGACGCAGCGUAUUCUGGAGGAGAUGCAGCUGAAGCAGGGACACCUUCUCUCCCAGAUGAAGGAGGGAAUAGAGUUGGACAUGCAGGGUAUGAAAGCCAAGCUGGAGGCCGUGGAAUCGGACAGUCGGCUGCGUCUGGAGGAGGAGGUCGCCGGGCGGGAGAGGCAGAUGGCGGCUUACCAGACAGACAGCCAGUCUGCCAUCAGCGGUCUCAUCCUCAAGAUAGAAGCUUUAGAGGCCCAAAAUGCAAAGCUGUCUCAGGAGUUGUCGUCCAUCCAGCUGUUGCCUCCUCCUGCCCCUUGUCCUGAUACCAGCACAGCCCCCGUCCUCAACCAUCUCACCCCAGAGCUCCAACAGGCCAUAGAGAAGUGGCUCACUGACUACAUCAGGGAGCAGGAUAUAAUCAGGCUCGGUGAAAAAGGAGGCUGCUCGGACUGUGGACGCCCCAUAGCUGACAAAAUGGCCGACUUUGCCCUGGAGACUCAAGGUGCCAGCGUGAUCAGCACCAGGUGUUCUGAGACAUAUCGUAUUCGUUCAGCGUGUGUGACCCUGUUUGGAUUCCCGCUGUGGUACCCAUCUGAAAGCCCACGCACUGUCAUUCAGGGUUACCCGGUGCUGCUUCCAGGGAAAUGUUGGGCGUUUCAUGGUGUCGAGGGGACUCUUGUCAUCUCCUUGUCUCACCCCAUCAGGAUAACUCAUGUGACUCUGGACCACCUGCCGCGCUAUAACUCCCCUACCGGCCGCAUCGACUCCGCACCCAAGGACUUUGAGGUCUAUGGGAUGAGAGAUGACGUAGAAGAAGGAACGUUGCUGGGGACAUUCACUUACGAUAAGGAUGGAGAGUCAACGCAGACGUUUAAGCUUCCUAAUCCCAGUGACGAGGUUUAUCGAUUCGUGGAGCUGCGUGUCCUCACUAACUGGGGUCACGUGGAAUAUACGUGUGUUUACCGCUUCCGUGUGCACGGAGUGAUCGCCUCCACAUGAGAUUCACUGACGGUGACGUGACAGCUCAUUCCCACAUAUCAGAAAGUGCAUUUGCAAUGUUUUUUUUUUUUUGUUUUUGUUUUUUUUUUUUUUUAAAGUAAAAUGCAGUUUAGUGAGUUCAGGGUCAAAUGCUACUGAAAGAAAAUGUUUGGUGUUGACAAAUGUCACUCCUGUGUGUCAGCUUUUUAUGGGAUCAAUUCCAUGGUUUUGCUGUGUUUUGAAUUGUUUAUUGUUGAAGUGACAAAACUAAUAAGUGGUUUUCGUGCACAGUUUAAAGUGUACACAGAAUGAAGUGUGGAAUUUGUUUCUAAAAACCAAAAAUCUACCUAUACCUAAAAUCAUUUGAAAGCAUAAGGUUCUGGAAACUUUAUGCUUUCAUGAGCGUGCCACAAAAUAAUUUUUAACUUUUGUUAUUUGUUAAUUAUUAUUGCUACUUAUCAGGUAUUUCCUGCUUCACAUUUGUACGGCGUACAAUCCCGGUAAAACAACAUUUCAUUACAUUUUGCCAAUGAGCAGCUGCGGUGGAGCAGGUGAAUGUUAGGCACCUUACUCGAGGGUAUUUUGAUAAGUGAAGGGAAGGAAAGUGUUUCUCAUUCACUUUUUUGACCCUAAUUUACGAGAUUGUUUUAGGAGUUUUGAGUGGCAACAAUUUGUUACAAGCUUGUUCAUAUAAAUCUAGAGUGUCAUUAAUAUAAAGUGUCAUUAAUAAAAUUCAAACGCUUAUUUCUGACAUCCAUUUUUGAGCAACAAAAUGAAUUCCAAUAUUUCAUAUCUUUAUAAUAUAAAGAUCUUGUUUGUCAAGUCAGGACAGGAUGUACCAAUCCUAUGAACAAUAAGUAGAAAUUAUACGGAGGGCAGCAGUGAAUGUUUUAAUCAGUGUUGUUUGUUAAUGACUAGUUAAAUUGGAUUUAAUAUUCCUAUAAAAAGAAAAAUAUAUGCAGCUUUGUAUCAUGUAUUAUGUUUCUUCUUUUUAGAGUGUCGUUACUUUUGAGUUUAUGACCGGUACUUGAAUACUUGAAAAACUCUUUUUCUAACUCUUUGGAAAGCGUCAUGUUGAUUCCAUGACGUUUGUGUUUCUACUUCCUUGUACAUAACACUUCAAUUUUGUAUAAAAUACAAAGUCAGGAAAGAAAGAUGUUAUUUAUUUGGUAAAAUGAGAAUAUUAAUGUAGUGACUUAAUGUGUUAUGUCUGUGUUGUAGGAUUGUCUUGCUAAUAUUUUUUUGAUUACUUUCCAAAAUGCUAGACACAUGCAAAAUUAUUCAAAGUUUUCCAUUUAUUAUCUCUAAAAUGUAGAGUACUUGUUCUCUUUGAGUGUUCAUAUUUGGUAGUUGGAGGACUAAAGUUACACAACAUCCCAGGAAAAUUGGUUUGCUUCCAUUUUUUCAAAAGUUUUCUAAAAAUAAGUGUCUUCUUUUCUUCUUUUAGUGUUAAGAGAAGACCUUUGAGUUCACAAUUAUUGUUUGGACAGCACAAAACAGAACUCUGCCGCUCUGAAAGUGUAAUAUUUGUAUUCUUUGUUGUUCAGUACAUUUUUUUUCUUAUCAUGAAGUGCACUAGAGAUGAAUGCAGGUAAAAUCCAUCAUUUGUCGCUGAUUUCCUUUAUUAAAUAUAGUAUAUGCUAGUCUUAAAGAGGCCAUAUUAUACACCUUUUCUGCAAGUUAACGCAGUUCCCUUGGGUCUUAAUAAAAUGUCUCUGACAUGCUUUGAUCAAAAUACCACAAGGAUCAAGCACCACAGCAGCUUUCUCAUCCUGUCUAAACAGCCCCGUUCAGAACGGCCGGUUUGAGUGUAAAUAAACUUAUAUUUUGCUCCAAUUUAAUUGCAAUAAACAGAUCAAAGGGAUGCUGAAAUAACAAAUCAUGAUGUAAAUUUGUAAAUCAGAGCUAUCUAAAGGCAUAAAUACAGCAGCAACAUUAUUGCUUAUACACAUAGAUAUCUACAUGCUCUGUAUUAUUAAAAUCAUAUAAACUCACCGGCAUUUAAGAUGUUUAUUAUUGAUAACAGCAGCUGAGGUAGAGUGUGACUCCGGUGUUAGCUCCGGCUAAGUUGAGAGGCGAGAUUUAAGACAAAUCCACUUAAUCCUAAAAGUUUAAAAAACAAACUCCUCCCGCCGGUAAACUGCUCCAGAUAAGAGCGGAAUCGGGUGUUUAUUCCUCUUCAGCUCUGCUUCUCUGCCGGCUCUCUCCUGUAGAGUUCACCGGGGCUCAUCAAGGGCGAAUUUUUCACCCUUAGCUUAUUUUAGCUUGGCCUAGCUUUGCCCAAUGUGAUGUAAGAAGGGGCAUCAAAUCUGAAUGGCUUGUUGAAUCACAUGAGUACAGAGCAAACCAGCCCACACUAAACUGACCAGGUGGUCUUAUUUCAUAGAUUGUGUGUUAGUAGGCACAUCAGAGACCCAAAUACAUACGCACAAGCACUGAAAAAGUGAGUUUUUCAUAAUAUGGCCCCUUUAAAGAAGAGGUAGAAAAAGAGACAAAUGAGACAGAAGGAUUUCUUUGUUUUCAGACCUGUUGAAUAAGAGGACUGCAACAGGAAUUAUAUUUGUGUCUCCUCUGUGAGAAAUGAAAGUUGCUGUUUGAGUUCUCAACAAGUUUUGUUAUAUCUAAAACAAAUGACAGUAUCAUUUACAUGCAUUUUAAAAAAUGAGUAUUGGCAUGAAAUUAAAGUUAAGUCUGGGAAAAAAAUGUAUUUAUUAUCUGCUUUAUAAAACAUACAUUGGUGAGAAUGAAAUCCUUCAUUUUAGUUUUUACUUUUUUCUAAAAGUGGAUAUAAAAUAUUUGUCUAAUUUGUGCAGGUUACAUGAAUUUAUAAUGAGUGCAUUUCAUUUUGUAUUUAAGCUAAUGAUUGUAGUUAAUUCAAUGAUGUUGGUACAUUUUUAUCAUUUUUAAUUUAUAAUUUUACUUUAUUCAUUAAACAUCUUUGUUAUGUACAAGCAUUUAUUAUGAUUUGCAGCUUGAUUACAAAUCUGUUCCUCUUGGUGGAAGUAUUUUUUAUAAAUGCAUUGAUUACAAACUGAUAUGCUUUUGAGAUGAGGAGGAUGUGUAUUACUAUAUGCAGUACAGUAUAUUUCCAUCUUAUCCACUCAUGUUACGUAAAACAGAUGAAAUACUUGUUUUUAUAUUUGAAAGCUGUUGAACAGACUGUACAGCCGUUCUGCCUGUAAGACAACUUAAUGUAAUGACCGCCCAUGGCCACUGCCCAUGGCGUUUUCCAGAGUAUUUGACUACCACUGUCUGAUUAAAUAAACAAAACAUUGUGA